AUGAGCCUUCCACAGGGGCCGCACCACCCCGGCAGGAGCUGGACCAGCGCGCACUGGCUGGCAAUCGCCGCCACGAUCAUGGCCAUGUGCAUGACGCACGUCACCGCCAUCGGGGAUCCCGGCGACGUGCUCGCGCUUCAAAGCCUGGCUUCGACCCUCACCGACAUACCGUCUUCCUGGGACAGGCAGAACCUGGACCCAUGCUCCGGCGUGGAAUGCCCGCGGGAGCCCUGCCCCUCGGCCUGGCAGGGGGUGUCCUGCUCAGGCGGGAGGGUAGUGGGCAUCACCCUCUCUGGGUCCGGCAGCCCCGGCCCCGGAUCCCCGACCCUCCCCGCCGCCCUGGCCAAUGCCACCCAGCUGCAUCAGCUGCAGCUGAGGGGUCUGGGCCUUACCGGGACCAUCCCGCCCGGCCUCGGCGCCCUGGCCAGCCUGGUGUCCCUGGACUUGAACUUCAACCAGCUGACGGGCAGCAUCCCCGUGACCCUGGGGUCCCUGGACCAGCUGCAGUACCUGGGCCUGCAGCAGAACCGGCUGACGGGGCAGCUGCCCCCCUCCCUGGCGGGGUGCGGCAGCCUGCGCAUGCUCCAGCUCUCUGCCAACGAGCUGUCGGGCAGCCUACCAGACGCCUGGGGCGGCCUCCAGUCGCUCGUGGUGCUGGAUCUGGACGGCAACCAGCUGUCAGGGAGGCUGCCGCCGCAGUGGUUCAGGCUCCAGGGGCUGAGCAUGGUGCACCUGGCCAGCAACCAGCUCCUGGGCCCCUUCCCCACCAGCUGGCAGGCGAUGAGCAACCUAUCGCGCAUGGACGUCAGCGGGAACUGCGGCCUCUGCGGCCCGCCGCUGGAUCCGCCCAGCCCGGACUUCCAGCUGGACUCCAGCGGAACGGGGCUAGGGCAGUCCUGCGACACGGUGGAUUGCCACCCGCCUGCCGGGGCGCGGCAGUGGGCGCCCAUCAUCGUGGCAUGUGUGCUGGGCCUCUUCCUCCUGUUGGUCAUCCCGCUCGCCAUCUUCGUCAUCCGCCGAUCGCUGAGGCAGCACGCCGCGAGGGUCGACGCGGCGCGCGCCGGCGCCGAUCCCGGCGACGCUGAGAAGGCGCCACAGGAGACCCCGCCCUUCCACACAGCGGAGCUGUUCCAGGUGGCCAUGCCCGAAGGUGCCCGCGUGUCCAUGGUCUGCAUUUCCGACGGACUGCGUCGCGACGAGGCGACAACAGACGACGAAGCGACGGCCGGCGGCGACCCGCUGGACCCCGUGGUCUUCCCGGUCUACCAGCACCGGGGGUUGAGGAACUGA